GCAAGUCAUGAUGCAAAUGCCUUCCAAGGUGAUGUGGUUGUCAUGGUGCAGAAGACCAGCGUCAGAAAGCCAGUAUGCAGCAAUUCCAAAACACCACCAGCCAAAACGCAGGCACUGGAGGAGGACUACAGUGUGCUGGAGGAGUUGCUUGCGCAGGGGGCUAACAAGCCUAUUGCUGAUGGAACAACAGACGGGGCUGGCGACGCUGCGAAGGCAGAAGAUCCUAAGGGCGUUGCGUUGGACGAGGCCAAGAAUCCCAAGCGAAAGAAGGCGAAGGCAGGAAAGCCUACGGACGUUGAAUUAUUCGGAUCGGAUGAGGAACCGCCUGUGGAUGCUGAAGUGGAUGAGGCCAAGAAUCCCAAGCGAAAGAAGGCGAAGGCAGGAGAGCCUACGGACGUUGAAUUCUUCGGAUCGGAUGAGGAACCGCCUGUGGAUGCUGAAGUGGAUGAGGCCAAGAAGGCCCCCAAGCGAAAGAAGGAACCGCCUGCGGAUGCUGAAGUGGAUGAGGCGAAGAAGGCUCCCAAGCGAAAGAAGGCGAAGGCGCAUGCGGAGGCAAUGGGUGCUGAAGUGGCCACCACCAAGGCCAAAGAAUUUGGACCUGGUGUGGAGUUCGUGCCAUUUGGGAAACUCACCUUCGGGAUGAACGAGGAGGCAGCCCGCUUCGUUGCGACCACAAGCAGCAAGCUGCGAAUGGCGAAGAGGUAUGCCCUCAUUUGCAGGGUGCAUGGGGGUGAGUUGCACCCGAGCCUUGGCAUGUUCCGCAUGAAGGUGAAGAAGGCUGUGAAGUGCACCAUUCGAGGAGAUGACGGCAAGUUUUCCGAAGUGACUGCAUUGGAGAAAGCGGACCCGCAGAUUCAGAUGAGCCUGGAAGCUUGUUGUUGGACCCCACCUCCUGCCGCCAAGCCAAUCAUGGAGUGCUUCCUCGGGUAUGAGAAAGCUGGCAAUGGCCCGAUCGGAAUGGCUUGGGCAUUGGUGAAGCAGGAAGAUGGCACAUGGAAAGUCGACGGGGCUUGCCUCUUCUUGAAGAAAAGCUUCAAGAUCCCAGCCAGUGAGAAAUCGGCUGUGCUGCAGCCUGCGGAGGUGGCAGAUGAGAUCGAUGAUGAGGCCAAUGACGCCGAGGAUGCUGAUUGAGAACAUGGCCAGAACAUGGCGUUGCUGGAUCACCCUGGGAUCACCCUAAGGUGUUGGCGACAUGUGCAGAGACUGGCAAUGGCCAAAGUUGCUUGAUAUACGGGGUGUUCCCCAACGUUCCCG